AUGGCAGACUUUCUCCCGUCGCGCCGUGCUCAGGCAAACCUAGGAAAGGCGCCUGCCUGGAGCUUGAUGCAGCGCGUGAACCAGAUUCCUCCAUAUGACCCGAAGACUCAACCAGACGGCCUCAUCAAUCUAUCGGGUGCAUUAAACAACUUGAUGCAGGGUUGGUGGGAUGAGUACUUUGCAAAAAGUCCUAUCGAUUUCGACUUGUCUCAGAUCCUACCGUAUGGUUCCAUAUCAGGCACAGAUGAACUACUCUCGACAGCGGCAGGCUUCUUCAACCGUUUCUUCCGCCCCAGCGUUCCUCUUGAAGCUAAUAACAUCCUUGCGGCGAAUGGAAUCACAUCGUUGAUCGACCUAGUAUCGUGGACCCUGUGUGAUCCCGGAGAGGCCAUUCUGUACCCGACCCCAACCUUUUACAUGCUCGAUUUUGACCUUGGUGCUCGAAACAAUGUCACCACCGUCCCGGUACCCUGCAGUUUUAUGGAGGAUCGAUUCAGCGAGGAGGUAGCACCCAAGCUACUCUCAUUGCUCGAGAAGACAGUAGCGGCCCAGUUGGCAAAGGGGGUGCGGUGCAAAGUGCUUUUCAUCUGUAAUCCAGCCAAUCCACAAGGGAGAUGCUACUCUGCAGCAACAUUGGCUAGCCUAGCUAGAUUCUGCAGGAGUCACGGCAUGCAUCUUGUUGCAGAUGAGGUGUAUUCAAUGUCCCAAUACUCAUCAGGUCUUGGCUCGUUGGACCAGUUCUCCUCCGUCCUUGGCAUCCCCGAAGAAAGGCCGGGUAGUCUCUCUCACGUGCACUGCCUGUAUAGCCUAAGUAAGGAUUUCAACAUGGGUGGUUUGCGUUUAGGGUUCCUUGUGACCCGUAACGCAGAAAUAAGAGCAGCAGCCGACACAGUAACAUGGUUCACCUGGAUCAGCAGCUUUUCAGCCCUGCUUGUUACGCAGCUCCUUGGCGAUCUUGAUACCAUCAGUGGAUACUUCUCCGUCUACCGCAAACGACUUGAGCUGGAAUACUGGCGCACGUCGGAGGCUUUGACGCGAUGUGGUAUCCCGUAUCAAGCCUCAAACUCUGGUCUUUUCAUCUUCAUCGAUUUGUCGCAAUGGGUGGGAUACUUUAGCAAAGAUAAAAAUGGGAGUAGGGAGUUGAAUCUGUGUUAUUAUCUCAUCGAACAUGGGGUGUGUCUCAAUCCUGGAGAGUAUGCGGGAUCUGACCGACCAGGAUGGUUCCGAUUCGUCUUCACGGAGAUGCCAGAGGCAAAUGUGCUAGCGAUAGAGCGCAUAAGGAAAGCAAUUGACCUGCUGCCCAAGAUGUCCUCUCAGAGAUUGGAAAAUGGGCGAACCAGUAUUGACACUGCCACAACUUUGCAAGGAGAGUCUGCUCAGCUUGAAACUGCCAAAAUGGAAGGAGUGGCUCCAAGCAAUUGGUCAAAAAUACGAAAGUCGUUCCCAAUACCUAGUUGCUUCCGGGGCGAGUAG